UUCCGCCAGCUCUCAGCAGCCCGGAUGUAACGUAGCAACUGUUCAGACUUAUCGGAAGUUACAACCGUGUAACACACACAAAACCGUGUACAGCAGCUGUAAAGAUAAUAAACUUCAGUGACAGGUUGCUCUAUAACACCAAAUGGCUUAUCCAGGAUACGGCGGGUAUGGGGGUCCAAUGCCAGGGAUGCCAGCUCAGGGGAUGCCGAUGCAAGGGAUGCCAGGAGGGCACCCCAUGGGUGGCCACAUGCCUGGGCACAUGGGUGGGCCGAUGGGAGGCCCACCAGCCCAGGGAGGAUACGCCGCAUAUGGAGGAGGCUAUCCUGGCACGUACGGCGCCCCGGCCCCAGCUGCCAAUGAUCCGAUGUGGGGUUACUUCACAGCCAUAGCAGGCCAGGACGGUGAGAUCGACGCAGAGGAGCUCCAGAGGUGUCUGACCCAGUCGGGUUUCACUGGCAGCUACUCCCCAUUCAGCCUGGAGACGUGCAGGAUCAUGAUCGCAAUGCUCGAUAGGGACUUCACGGGCAAGAUGGGCUUCAACGAGUUCAAGGAGCUGUUCACGGCUCUGAACGGCUGGAAGCAGAACUUCAUGAUGUUUGACCGGGACAGGAGUGGAACCGUGGAACCCCACGAGAUGACUCAGGCUGUCAACGCGAUGGGCUACCGCGUGAGUCCUCAGGCUCUGAACGCGAUCCUCAAGCGCUACAACAAAGGAGGAAGAAUCUACUUUGACGACUACGUGGCCUGCUGUGUCAAACUGCGAGCUGUCACAGAUAACUUCAGACGGAGAGACACCAUGCAGCAGGGAUCUGUCACCUUCCAGUAUGAUGACUUCGUCCUGUGCACAAUGGCCAUCUAAGGUCCGCCGUAUGUCCCACACCACGAGGUCAGCGCGCCUGACGAGCCAAUCAGUGGUGGAUUCUGGACCACUGCCUCAUAGGAAUGUAAAGGGAGGCCAGUAUAUUUGACUGAGUGGAAAUGAGCCGCAACAGGAAAGUACCCAUCGCUUGUAACGCUUGCAGUAACGCCAUAGUCUUGUAUGUCACACAGGAAAGUGCUAAAGAUGUAUCAUAUAUACAAAGUAUGUAUCCACAUUAGAGGGAAUAUAAUACAUUGUCUUUAAAGCCCAUAUGUGUAGGAUUUUCAAAAUAAAAGUUGCAGCACAUUAGUGUCAGAAUAAUUAGAGAAAAGCUGCAUUAGAUGCACACAUAGAGGCUUUAAAGAACGGGGGUUUGAGAGUUUCAGUGGAAAAUGUAGGAAUUAAUAAACCAGAUUAUAUCUUCUACUAUUAGUUUGAAAAUCCUGCUUUGGGUCUCUCAUUUUGGAAUGAAAGUCAACUGAUAUAGAGGAUGUUCCUACCUGCGAGACACCUAUUGUGCCAUUAUAAUCUCUGAAUGUAUGGUCUAAUAUAUUAAACCCAUUGAUAUAUAACUCUGUAGUAAUGGCAGCAUCAUGAUUGAUUAAAUGUUAGCUAACGUAUUCUCAUACAACGGUUCGUAUGAUAUCUUAAGAAAAUUCAUUUCUCGUGCUUUUUCCUACGAAUGUCCAGCGUCAAUUUCCAGCCCAGUCUUUUCAAAAUAAACUUCCGUCUUCACAGGAACGACUUGGUUUAGAUAACAAAACUACUUUGUUAGGUUUAGGGAAAGAUUGUGUUUAUGUUACGCCGCACUAGAAGUGGCAUAACUUAUGUAUGGAUGUUACUCAAAAAAUGACUUAAUUAGGUUUAGGAAAAGAUCGUGGUUUGGGUUUAAAAAACUACGGAAGUGGCAUAACUUAAAUACGGAAGUUACGUGGUUCACAUUUCCGUGGAUUACAUAUGAAUUGAUUUCUUGGGAUAUAUAGGAAUUAAAGUGCAUUAACUUUUCGUAGGUAUAUCUACGAACGGUGUAUGAGAAAAGCCUGUUAGCAGCAUUUACAGAUAAAAUGAUGAUUUACACUGAACUUCAUACAGUUAUGAAUUUUGUCAAAGCAUUUUUCCUCAUUAUUUUUUGUAAUAUUUGUGCACUUGUGUUUCAUAAAACUUUAGAUUCUAGAUUAGCGUGAUGUUUAACUUGAUAACAAGCCAAAGUGACUGUGAGCUGAUAUAAAUCCACACUGUUAUUAAUGAUAUGAGAUAUAAACAUAUUGCCAUAUAGCUACAGUAUGUUCAUUUUGCAGCUGUAAACUUUUUGUUUUUCAGUACAAACAGCCGUGUCCUCAUUUGUAAAGAUUGCACACACCUGAUGUUGUAGUAAAAAUCAGAUUUUGUUACUCACAAUAAACACUUUCUAAUCAGUA